AGUUGUUAAUAGAAUGGAUAAUACCUUGUUUGUAAAUCUUUACAUUAUUUUGGAAACAUAUUUACCAGAUACCGCGGAAACAAGUUUUUUUAACAAAAAAACUGUUUAUAAAUUUCGCAAAUGUAAUAUUGAUUGACGGCGACUUUUGUUUAUAUUUUUGACAUAUGUUUGUGUACAUUUAUUUCUUCAAAUGACAUGAAUUCGGAAUACAGUUACAUUUUAUUGAAAUGGGUAAUUAUUGUUGCAAAGAGAAACGAAAAAAGAAACUUACCUUAUUAUUGUUAGGAUUAGAUAACGCUGGUAAAACUAGAGCAGCAAACGGUCUGAUUGGAGAGAGAGUUAAUUCUCCAAUACCAACUGUUGGUUUUUCUGUUUUGAAUUUGAAAUAUGCAAAUUAUGCCGUUAAGAUUUUCGAUUUAGGUGGAGGACCGAAUAUUAGAGACAUUUGGCAAGAAUAUUUUGUUAACGCUCACGGUGUAAUUUUCGUUAUAGACUCCAGCGACAUAUCCAGAUUUGUCGAAGUGAAAAUGGUCCUCGAAGGAAUUCUACGUAGCGAUAAAAUAGCCGGCAAACCAAUUCUGAUUUUGGCCAAUAAACAAGACCAAGAAAACGCCGUCGACGAAAUAGAAAUAAUCGAAUAUUUAAAUUUGGAAUAUUUGGUCAACACAAGAAAAUGUCCGACGUUAGUACAAAGCUGUUCGGCUUCGGAAAAUAAAGUAGAUAAAUUAGAUACUGGCGUUCAGAAAGGUUACAAUUGGUUAAUGGGUUACAUAGACAAACAUUACGAGACUUUGAACCAGAGAGUGGAAAUCGACGUACGCGAACAAGAAUUAAAAGAAAAACAAGAAUUACUGGAAAAGAUACAGAAUAUACGUUCCUUACAUGCAUUAGAAGAAAAUAAAACAGACGAAGAUACCAUACAAACUUAUUCUGAUUAUAUGAAAACGUUAAACGGACAAGCGAAAGUACUCAAAGAAGAACCCAGUACGUCUAUGAUAGACUACGAAGAAGCGAAUACCAGUUCGACCAAUGACGAAACGUCGGAUUCUUCGGGAUCAGCUGCUCCAGUAUAUAUUUCAAAUACGUACGCGCCUACAGAAAGACCGAAAUCGGCCGUUGAGUUAGUGAAACGACAAUUACAAUUGAGUAAUGGCACGCAAAAGACCAAAGUGCGAACUAGAUCGAAUAAGACCGCCCCUAUAAAUCUAUACGGUACGCGCAUGCCUCGUUCGGCGGACGAGAGACGCAAAGAAACUUUGUUUGACAGAAGGAAUCUUAAAUCGGCGGAUAAUGUUCUUUUCACGAUAAGCGGUAGAGUUACUGAUGAUAUUAAAGUCGUUGAUUCCAGCGGUGAUCAUAAUAUGAUCAAUUUAAAUAAUUAUGGCUGUAAGUUACCGCCGUUGAGAGAUUCCGAAGUGCCUUGGGUACAUAAACCGAAUAGACAAGGGGACGGUUUGAGUAUUGUAGAUAUUUUGUAGUAAUUUUAUGUUUUUUAGAAAACUUUUUCUAUUAUUAUGUAAGGAACUUGUUCAUUCAACCCCGUAAAAACAUAUCAUCUCUUAAAAUUGAUAUAAAAACAAUGUAUGCAAUUCUCAAUACAUACAAAACUUUAUGGCAAUGUAUGCAAUUCUCAAUACAUACAAGAAUAAAAUUAAUAGCUUUGUUCGUGGGUGUGAUUUCGAAUCAGCUUAGGAACUAAUCGCAUGCGCACUUUCUAAAUUGGCUCCUACCCCACUUAACGUAACGCGAUCGACAAAUUUGAGAGUGCGCAUGCGAUAGUUUCCGUAAACUGAUUCGGAAUCAAACCUGCAAAACAAAGCUAAUAUAAAACUUUCACUUCAACUUAUGCUACACUUAAUACAAGAUCAUAAACAAAGUUUUAUACCGUUUGCAAAGAAUAAUUGAUAAUUUUAUUCGUAAAUUCACUAUUUAAAUCAACUAGUAAAAUCUUUAUAUAAAAUAUUUUAUAUGGAUAUAAGGAAUAAUAACGUUUCAUGGUGUAAUUGGAAGAAAGGUUACAUUCAACAAUAUCUAACGUUUACAAACCUCUAUAGUAUUUGUUUUAUCUAUGUAGACAGUUGAAUUUAUAUAAAUGACGUAAUACUUCAAGAUUUAUUAUGUUUAAUAAUUUAACAGUACCUAUGUAAGUACGAAUCAAAAAGUCUGUUUAAUAUUAUUAAAAUAUAUUUUCGAAAUAUAAUAUUAUGUAAUUAAAA